AUGUUGGUUUUCGCGAACUCUGCUUACAGAAUGAGCUAUAAAAUACGCCAAACCAGAAAAUUUAUCGGCAUCUUCACCACGUCAACAAAAAACAAAACGCUUGCCAGCAACAGUAGAAUGAUUUCGUCGUCAAAGUGGAAACCACAAGAUCACAUUCCCAAAGAUGUACAAGAUCUACUGAAGCGCAAGCCAAAGAACUACGUUGUGGCCUUUUUGAAUAUAGUUCAACUGUUGAAAACCCAACGUCGCACGGGCUGGUUAGAUCACGGAAUUGAGCCCUGUGAAAGUAUUUCGGACCAUAUGUAUCGUAUGGGAGUAGCAGCGAUGCUCAUUACGAACCCAAAUGUGAAUCGAGAUAGGUGUGUUCGCAUCGCGUUAGUGCACGACAUCGCCGAAUCUCUGGUGGGCGAUAUCACACCUUUCGACCCAGUGUCAAAAGAAGAAAAACAUUUUAGAGAGCUCUCGACUAUAGAAUACUUGUGCAAUGAGCUAAUCAAGCCAAACAAUGCAGAAGCCGCUGCCGAAAUAAUGCAAGACUGGCUCGCCUACGAAAACGUCAGCUCAUUAGAAGCGCGUUACGUCAAAGACAUUGAUAAAUUCGAAAUGCUGGUGCAAUGCUUUGAAUACGAAAAGAAAUACAACGGCACUAAGGACUUGACGCAGUUCUGGUCCGCUAUGAGUAGCAUUAAGACACAAGAAGUCCAAGGCUGGGCGCAGGAACUAAUGCAAGAAAGGGAACGUUUCUUCGAGUCUCUUGAAAAAUAA